UUUCAGAAACAAGGAGAAAAAAGCAGACGAAUGCCAUAAAGUGAGUCACCUGGAAUUUUACAACAUGUUCACUCAGUCUUAUAAAAGCCAGUUUUCUUGGGCUACAAGACAUUGAGGGCUAGAGACUUGCUUCUUCAAAGCUAGUUUGGAAGCUCUAUCAUGAAUCACUUGAAGAUCUUCUUGGGUAUUUUGAUGCUGUGGUCAUGCAGCGUUGCCAAUCCGCUAAUCAAAACCCAGUCUGCACUAUCCUUCACCAAGGACCUGAAAUUCAUACAGGCUUACCUUGAUCGUUUUUUCCCACAAAUUGAUCAAUCAAUAAAGCUAACCUUAGAAGAACGGAUCAAAAAAAUGCAAAGGUUCUUCCGUUUGGCUGUAAGUGGGAAGGUAGAUUCCGAAACCAUUAAAGUAAUGGAACAGCCCAGGUGUGGAGUACCAGAUGUCUUGGACUAUAGGAGAAUUCCAGGAGCACCGAAAUGGAAUAAAAAUAUAUUGACAUACAGGAUUAACAACUACACCCCUGACAUGCCAAAAAACCAGGUGGACAGAGCCAUAGCAAAUGCGCUGAAAGUAUGGAGUGAUGUGACUCCCCUACAGUUUAGAAAAAUCGAUGGACCUGCUGAUAUUGAAAUUCUUUUCGGAUAUAAUGAACAUGGUGACAACAUUCCUUUUGAUGGAAGAGGUGGAGUCCUGGCACAUGCUUUUGCUCCUGGAUCAAGAAUAGGGGGUGAUGCGCACUUUGAUGAGGCUGAGACCUGGUCAGAAACCAAUAAAGUAAUAAAUCUCUUCCUUGUUGCUGCCCAUGAAUUUGGACAUUCCCUCGGACUAGCUCACUCUGAUGUCCCUGAAGCCUUGAUGUAUCCUACCUACUCCUACACGAAUCCAAACAUUUUUCGUCUUCCAAAUGAUGAUCGUCGAGGAAUUCAGAGUAUCUAUGGAAGGAGGAGGAAUUUUGGGAAAAAAUAGAACAGCUGUAUUGAAACCCUUUUAGUUCUUCUUCAGUGGAGGUCUAAGAUUGAGCAGCUGUCUGUCUGUCUGAGAUUCUCUACUGAUCCCUACACUGAACAGGGGGUUGAACUGGAUGACCUCAAGGGUGCCUUCCAAGAUUUUACCUAUGCAAACUCACAAGGAUUCGUGAAAUUUUGAAGCAAGAAUCGUGAACGACAAUAUUGUGAACUGUAAUAAUAAAGACUGAACGAAUGAUUCUAA